UUAGCUAGCAGGUGACAAGUUAAGACACUCUGUUGUUUACUUCUGGUUUUCUAUCCGGGUCAUGGGUCGCCUGUUUAACUUUCGUAUCAUUACGUCAGCCACCUUAAAUGCUUCCUUGUGAUUGGCGGGUGUGACUAAUUACUACUUUGGUUUUGGGAACACGCCCACCGCAGUAGUCAUAAAAGUCAGAACUACAAAGGAAGGUAUAUAAAUAAUCCACCCACACACAAUUUGUCUUAUGUAUUUUUAGCAUUUGUAGUCAGACAAUCGAGACAGGGCUGCGGAUAACUGCUGGCAGCCGGUGACACCGCCAUGAACGUGGGUACGGCACACAGCGAGGUGAACCCCAACACACGCGUGAUGAACAGCCGCGGCAUGUGGCUGUCGUACAUCCUGGGCAUCGGCCUGCUGCACGUCAUCCUGCUCAGCAUCCCCUUUGCCAGCGUGCCCGUGGUGUGGACCCUCACCAACCUCAUCCACAACCUGUGCAUGUACCUGCUCCUGCACACCGUCAAAGGGACGCCCUUUGAGACUCCUGACCAGGGCAAGGCUCGCCUCCUCACGCACUGGGAGCAGAUGGACUACGGCGUGCAGUUCACCGCCUCACGCAAGUUCCUCACCAUCACGCCUAUCGUCUUGUACAUCCUCACCAGCUUUUACACCAAAUACGACCGCGUGCACUUCGUGGUCAACACGGUAUCGCUGCUCACCGUGCUCAUUCCCAAGCUGCCACAGCUGCACGGCGUCCGCCUCUUCGGGAUCAAUAAGUACUGACCAGGGGAAUGGGAUGAUUGGGGUGUGGGGGGGCGGGGGGUCCCUGCCAUUUUUGCACGGGGACCCUGAAAUGCCGUCACCCCAGAAGACACGCCUGCACAGAGGACAAAGCAUGGAAAUGUUUUUGGACUUUCAGACUGUAAAGCGUUCGGACGGGAUUAGAUGCUAGUGAGCAUGUUAGUAUACGUUUCUCAUACGUUUUCUCCGACGAGCCAGGAGAAGUGGGGAGCCUCUCCACCCGCUAGUGCCAGAAGAGGAGCUUCCUAGCAUGCAUCAGUGUGUGUGGUCCGCAGCCACGGCCGCUCUGGUCGCAUUUCAUGUUGAUAUUUCAUAUUUAUUAUUAUAAUUAUGAUUGUUCUUGUUUGUUUUGGCGUACCCGCUGUCGCCAUUAAAAGGGCUGAAAUGGAAGAUUUGUUUGAUUUUAAGGGAAGUUGUUAGCUCGUGGUCACGUGAUCUUGUGUAUAAAACAUACAGAUAGAUAGAUAUACAGUAUUUUUCAAACUCA